GCGGCCGUCGUCGCAACUAACCUCUGUCAGUGAGAGGAACUCAGCUGUUGAGGCGAGUGUUUACUAGCCGGCCAACAGGACUGUUCCGCACUUUUAGGUUAGGCCCAUUGUUGUACGGGGUUUUAUCGCUAUUUUCCACCAUCCGACCACCCUCAAUGGCAAAAAUGUUCUGUAAACGGACUAGUACCUUUUUAUUUUUCCUGAAGUGAAGUGUUGUUUCUAUUUGCCCCAACUAAGUGAUAAUUCUGGUGCCGUGACUUCUGUAUUUUGUGGUGCUUCACUUGGAAUUUGUGAUUCAUUCUGUGCAAUACUUAUUUGGAUUUGCGGGUGCCUGCUCAUAUCAUUACAAAAGUGGUUGGGAUGAAACUGGUGCCGUCACUGCCCCCGCUCAAUGCCCCCAGCAUGGAGAGGCUGUCACUUUUCAACCCCUCGGAUCUGCUGUGGCGAUACCCUUCCAUAAACUUCCCCUCUCCCAACCCUGUUUGUAACUAUGUGCAGAUGGACUUCAAGACUCACCUGCCCUCCAACCUAGGUGGAGACCCGAGGCUGUGGUCUAGAGAAGAUGUGGUUGCGUUUCUAAGGUGGGCCGAGUAUGAGUUUGACCUGCCUCCUUUCGACCUGGACAUGUUCCAGAUGAAUGGUAAGGCUCUGUGUCUCCUGACCAAGGCUGACCUGGGAGAGCGCAGUCCAGGCAACGGAGACGUGCUACACAACGUGCUGCAGAUGCUCAUCCGAGACUCCCGCACUCUGCCUAGCUCUCCUCUCACCCCACACUUCCCCCUCACUCCCUCGUGGUCCUUCUCUGCCGCACCCGCACUGGACUACCCUCACCCAUCCACUCCCCCCGCCACGUCACUCAACAGUGUGACACUCAGCCCCGCACCCAGUGUAGACAGCCAGGCCGGCAGUCCCCGCCACAUGGAGCCCUACCCUGCACUCAACAACUACGGCAGCACGCCACAGCACGGAGUGAGCAGUGGCAGUGGUGGAGGUAGUUCUGGCAGUAACCAGUCAGACAGUGAGGUAGAGGAGGCCCCGCGACCUCCCGCCACUCCUACACACAACCCCCGCACACCUCCGCCACACUCACCUGCCUCAACCAAGGGAGUGGCGUCUGCGUUCUUCCCUGCGGAACCUAUCACUGAGCCCAAUACAAAUGGGCGACUCCUGUGGGACUUCUUACAACAGUUGUUGAACGAUUCACUGCAGAGAUACACAGCCUACAUUGCAUGGAAGAACAGGGAUCUGGGGGUGUUCAAGAUUGUAGACCCUCCCGGGCUAGCAAAACUGUGGGGCAUCCAGAAGAACCACUUGAGUAUGAACUACGACAAGAUGUCACGAGCGCUGCGGUACUACUACCGAGUCAACAUCCUGCGCAAGGUCCAGGGAGAACGCCAUUGCUACCAGUUCCUCCGUAAUCCGAGUGAGCUGAAGAGCAUCAAGAACAUCUCAUUGUUGAGACAGCAGAUGUCAGGCAGUGAUCAGCAGCAGUCUCAGCAGCAGCAGCAGCAGCAGCCUCAGCAGCAACAACAGCAAGUGGUGGUAAAGGCAGAGCCUGGAGACUCGGUAGAAGAUGACCUUAGACCCACAGACCUCAGUAUACCUCAGCACUUCAGGGUCACUGCUGACUUUGAGUACCUGCGCAACCCGAGUGAACUGAAGAUCAUGAAGAACCUUCACACACUGUGGGAGCAGAGGACGGCGGCAGCAGCAGCUAACUCCACUCAGGCCUCGGAGAGUCAACCACGCGACCUGUCUCUGUCACUUAACCUGCGCGCGGCCGAGGACUCUUCGCAGACUGCAGAGACGCAACCUCGCGACUUGUCACUCUCUCUCAACCUGCGCGCCACAGAGGACCUUCCUCGGCCCCAGGACCAUCCCUUGCCUCUCAUCAAGACGGAGGAGACCGAUGCUGUCAGGUCAUAACACUGUGAUAUAGACACUCCCGUGUGCUCGUGAUAAAAGACGUUACAUUACGCGACUAAGUUAUUUCUACAGGGCGUCCACUCAACAUCAACCUUGUCUUUCUGGAGUGAAAUGUUGUGCGGGUUUUCUCAUGUACAUUUAUCUGUUUAGAGUAUAUAGUAAAUUAUAAGUUAUGCAGUGUUAUCUCCACAACAGGAUGCUGUUUUUGGAGAUUAUAAAUCACCAAGGUUCUUUCAGUUUACAGUAUGUUUGUCUAUGACCAAUGUAAUUUUCAUCAAUAGAUUUUACCACUAAUUGCAAUCAGUUCAUUUUGUAAAAUGUAGCUCAAAUGUUUCCGUUUGUGUUUUAAGUUAUGACCAGGCUUAUUGCUCAAUGAUAAGAUCAUAAUUAUUUAGUAUUGAUUUUAAAUUGAUUAAUUUUCCGUUAUGGUUAUAUUUUACUUCUUUUAUUAAAAAUUGUGUUGUAACUACAUUCUUGUGUUAAUUGUAACUUGUAGGCUCCCAGUUAUCCCACCAAGAUGUAAUAGUUAUAAAAGCACUUUUUCACAAUAAAGGGAUUCUCCUCAGUUAAAUGUAUACAAGAUUUGUACUGCCAUCUUGAAUUAGUUUGAUUUGUUAUUUUGUCAGCAUUUCCUUCAGUUAUUCAGAAUUGCAUUUACACAUUGUGUUACUUGUUCUUAGAAGGUUAUUUAAAUUUUAUUUACCUUUGAAGAAAGAUUUUUAAAGAUAUUUUUAAUAAUUUGAUAAAUUGUUACCUAAAAAAUCCAUGUUUGAAAAUAUAAGCUCCAUAAAUAAACAAUCAAUUUGGUCUUUAAAAGAAUGUGAUCAUUUUUUAAGAGGUAGUAUUUGAUACUCUCGUUUAAAAAUUUAUGUUAAAAUCUCUUUUUUUUAUUUCAAAUUGUGAGCUAAAUACAUCUCAAAUUAACUAUUUAAAUUUUAUUUUGUACUUCUGAAAUUGAUUAUACAAUAAUUGGUUUAUUAAGUGUAGUAAGUAAUAUUAUCUCAAUAUUAGCAUUCAUGUUUGUGCUCAUCUUAAUUUUUAAUAAUUUAAGUAAAUGUAAAAAAUAACAAAAUUUUAAUAUUAAAUUAAAAUUAAAAUACUAUAUUUUUGUGAACUGAAAAUGCAAGCGGUAAAGUGCUGUAAAUAUUGGGAGAAUUCAACUAUGUUAGACCUACCAAUAUAGUGAUAAGUUAUGUGCUUCCUUUAGAUUUUUAUUAUGUGAUUAGAGCGAAUCUUCACAGUCUUCCUUUCCUUAACUUUUAUUGUUGCUUGAAUACACUCUUGAAAUCUGUACAGAAAAUAUUCAGAAUAUCAUAUAUUUUUUGGCUUUUGUCUUCGUUAAAUUUGUCUACUUUCUGACCUUCAGCUUUAAGGUUUUACCAUUUAUUUACCUAUUGUAAACCAGCUCAAUGUCAUCAUUGUUAAGACAUAGAUAUAUAUAUAUUUAGUUAAUUAUUUUAAUAUUAGUCAGAAAGUUUAGUUUCAUAUUUAUUUAAAACAAGUGACAUAGGCCUACAUGUCUUAAGUAUGAUAAAUAUAUGAACUGCCAAAUUAACUUUUAACUGUCAACGAACAUGACAACGAAUUGUUACGAUUUUUAUAUCAAGAAUUGAAAUCACUUUAAACAGAACGAAAAUUGUUAGUGUCUAAAUGAGUUUAGUCGAUCUCUUUUUUAAAUCGUCCGGGUAACAGAGAUAUAUAUGUGUAAAUAGUGAUAGUGAGUUAUAUAAAUAGUAUAUUAAAUCUAGAAAUACUUUUGUUUGUUGGUUUUGAAAUUUUAAAAACUGUUUGAUGUUGUAAAAGCAACAAAGCAUUGUGGGUGACAACAAUCAAACGAGAGAUCUCAAAGUGUUUAACAACAUUUGUAUUUAAUGUUUUGUACAUUUGUGUCAGAGUUUAAAUGUUAAGACAUAAACUGUACAGAAACGCUUGGGAAACAUUUGAGGGUGGUUACACCCAAUGUAUUUUGCGAAAAAUAAAAUAAGAAAUAUU